UGGAUUAAAUGUCAGUUGAUGUGAAGGUAGCAUGGUGGUUGUUGCGUACAGUGAAUAAGCAGCGUCAUAAGAGGAGUCAGUAAUAUUGUGAGACACAGCGACCAGCUCCACAUUAAUUUCAUAAUUCAUACUGUUGUAAAAAUUACAUUCUGUGUCUCCUAGCCGUUAAAUAUAAAAUAAUGUUCUUAAGUUAAAAGUGUUUUUCACUUUUACAAAUGAAUACAACAAAUGUUGAAGUGAAGCUGGACGACCCACACUGCGGAAAAAAUGCUCUCACUGAUUCUCUUGGAUGGUUUCUACAGAUACUGUUAGCCUGUUUGGCCUUUACGUGCCUUAUUUUGAAACGGUUUUGUGAGCCACGGUAUGAAAGACGCCCAUGGCUUAUCUGGUUCUAUGAUACUUCUAAACAGGGAAUGGGAGCAUUAGUAAUACAUCUUGCAAAUGUGUAUUUGGCAAGCACAUUCCAUGGUGAUCCUUGCACAUGGUACAUAAUUAAUUUUCUCUUGGACUCCUCUGUUGGGCUGCUUAUAAUUUAUAUAGGCAUUCGGCUGUCACAGUAUCUAUCAAAAGUAAACAAGUGGGAAGCUAUUAACUUUGGUGAAUAUGGCAAACCCCCAUCUGUUAAUGCCUGGUUAGCGCAGUGUUGCUUGUAUGUACUGUUGAUGAUCAUAGUAAAGGCAUGUAUUACGUUGCUGAUCCAGUUUGGCUUCUGGAACAGUGUAAGGGAUUUCAUACUUUCACCAAUAACAAAUCCGAAGGUGGAGCUGGCCUUAGUGAUAUUUAUCAUUCCCUUUUUUGUAAACGCAUUGAUAUUCUGGGUCACAGACAAUUUUCUUAUGAGACAUACUCAUUUUAAAAGCUACAAGAGUGAUAAGGGUCUUCUUGAGAAGGUAAAGAUAAGAUACAGAAAACUGAAAAGGGCAAAACGAGAUGAUUCAGAAUCUGAUGUUCUGCUGUCUGCAGAUGAAGAGCUCUUGGGAGCUAAUGAAUGUCUCCAACAACGUUUACCAAAUGCUACAAUCACCUAGUGUUGGAUUGGAAAUUUCUAACAAAAAUAUGAGACUAAUUCUCUGAAUUCCACAAUCGCAUUCUCUUUGGAAGGAGUUGCGAGUAUUAGACUGACAAAUCAUAUGGAAUAUUUUAUACCAAAUAACUAUACUAAUAACCAGUUUUGUAAAUUGGUGGCUCUUUUAAUGAGUUAAACAGUAUAUUUUUUCAAUGUUCCUUUCAUUAGAGGAUGAGGUCUGCAGUACAUUCAACUGUUUUGUAGUAAUGACAAUAUAUAGCAAUACUGUCCUGCAAGAUCUUAUGAGAUUCAUAAAAUAUGUGCUUUAUAAUAUGUGAUAUGUUCAUUGUAGUUUCGCAGGCUCAGAUAAUGAAUUGUGUACAUUUUAUAGUCUUAUUUAUUUUCUUAUUUAUUACCAUUAAUUGAUAUUUUACAUAGGCCUGUUUGAGAAGGCCUAAUGUGUAGAGUCUCAGAGUAUGAGUGUCAUUUUUCUUUGUUUCGUCUGUGUACAAUUUACAAACAAAAUACAAUAUGUUUUUUAUAUAUUGUCUUUGGAAAUGCAUUUCAGAUCAUGUUCAGUUUGUGUAAUUAUCUACAGAAGUUCCUCCUGUAUUCCUUUGUAGCUUUAUUGGAGUGUUGAAAUUGUGUAAUUUUACAAUUUUGCAAGUGUAUACUCUCAUCAGAAUCGUUUACUACUGUCACAGCUGCCUCUAUGAUUUCUAAAAAUGUCUAGAUAAAAAUAAUUUUUGUGGGCCGUCCAGUCUAUUUUCAAGAUCAACAUUUGUUGUUGGAUAAAUUUUAUCAAGCCUGAGUAAUACUGUAAUUCUAGUAUGGAUAAAUUUGACUGAUUCUGUGCUAUAUUAUAGCCGUCCAUGUAUCAAUGCAUUGAGGCAGGUUUUAUUCUCUACCACAUUUGUGUGCGCAAAUGUGACAUAUUUUGUAGAGAGUAGUCUGCUCAAUGAAUUUACUAACUGCAGGUGUCAUUCAUUUCAUUUAUGAUUUCGUUAUGAUAUUUAACAAACAUAAAAUGACAUAAAUGAAAGUAGCUGUGGAGCAAUAAGAGUACAUGGAAAUUUUGCUGUAGAGUAAAUUUAUAAAUUUUGUGUUUGAUGAGAAAGUUAUUUUGUUCUGAUGAGAAUACUGUUGAAACUGUGAUUCAAGAAGAAUCAUUUUAAUAAAUUACAUAUUACAUGGAAAUAAAUGAGGCAAUGCCAAUACAGAUAU